AUGAUGGCUCUGUCCCUCGCCCAGGCCAAGCCCUUCGUGGGCUCGCAGGUGGCCGCCAAGGCCCCUCGGGCGCAGGCACGCGUGGCCCGGCCUGUGGUGUGCAGCGCCGCCGCCCCCAAGAAGGAGGCUGUGGUCGCGGGCGUGACCGCUGCUGCUGCUGCCAUGCUGGCCAGCCCCCUGGCAGCCCAGGCCGCUGCCACCCCCAGCCUGAACAACCUGAUCGGCUCCCUGGUGGCGGGCGGCGCUGUGCUUGCCGCGAUUGCGGGCGCUAUCUCCGCGGUCUCCAAUUUCGACGACAUCCGCCGCUAA